AUGGACUUCCCCCCCUAUUUUGUGCGCAGGCCGCCUCGAGUAAUCAGUCCAGCAGUCUGUGUCCGCCGCCUGGGGCGCCUCGCCCUCCCCUCGGGCGCCCGCGCCUCGCCCGUCCUUGCGCCGGCGAAGGAGGAGCCCGCCGCCCCAUCACCUCGGCGGCGGCGGCGGCGGGUGGGCCGGGCCUGGCUGGUGCGCCGCGGCGGCGGCGGCGACUUCAUGGGGAGAGGCGGCGGCGGCGGCGGCGGCGGCGGCAGCCUGGUGGCGAGGGGUCGAGCCCGGCCGUCCGGCCCGCGGCAGGUGAGGAGGGGCGCCUGCUCGGCUUCCGCCCUCGGGCGGGAGGCGGGGGACGGGGCGGCGGCGCGUCUCCUCCCCUCGGGCGCAGCCUCCCGGGUCGCCCCCGCCGGCCUUCCUCCGCGGCCGAGCCCAGCAGCAGCAGCAGCAGCAGCAGCAGCAGCCGCCCGGCGGGGGAGGCGAGCGCGGGGCCCGAGCGGAGGGCGGCGCGGGGGGGGGUCUCCUUCGCGGCCGCCGCUCCUCUCCUCUCCUCCUCCUCCUCCUCCUCCUCCUCGCUCGCCUUUCUUUGAGAGAGAGAGAGAGACCGGGCAGCGGAGAGCGAAGCCGGGCGGGUUUGCGAGGGGAAGAAGGCAGUGUCUGCAUUGCAGAAGCUCCGUCUGUCUCUCUCUCUCUCUCUCUCUCUCCCCCCCCCGCCCGCCUCUCGCAGCUGCUCGGAAAUGCCUUCCUGAGCCGGGAUGCUGGAGCUUGGCUCGAGGAGGAGCAGGUAAGGGAAAAGAGCCAGAGUCGGCUGGACCCGGCUUGCUUUUCCAGCAAACAAAUAAAUGGGUGA